GCCGUCACCUCCGAUGUUUUACGUUGGGAGCGACGUGGUGAAUGAGGUGAAAUUAUGACCCUUCAGUCUAGCGGUUCGUUGAAGUCGGGUGGUCUGCUCGCUUUUUGUGGUUUCGGCGAGUUGUAAGGGUAGCUCUUUCUCGGAAUAACGUCUUAGACGUCCUGGUCGGGACGGUUCUCUUCAAUAACUCCGGGUUAUCUGGCUAGUACUACACUGACUGUGACUGAAGGAACUGUGUCUUACACCCGAUCAUCAUCGAGAGCAGCGUGACUUCGACCCUCGUCUCUGCCUGUCCUUGUGAAGACCGUUUCCACCAUGGCUGGUGGCAUCACAGAAACUGGAGAACUUUACUCUCCAUAUGUUGGCCUGGUCUAUAUGUUCAACUUGAUUGUGGGCACUGGUGCCCUUACGAUGCCCAAGGCCUUUGCCACUGCAGGAUGGGUUGUCAGCCUCACUCUUAUCUGCUUCCUUGGAUUUAUGAGCUAUGUUACCACCACAUUUGUGAUCGAAGCCAUGGCUUCAGCUAAUGCACAGCUGCGCUGGAAGAGGAGAGAACAAGAGGAGGUCAGUAAUGACGAGUCUACCUCCGAUUACUCUGAGGACGAGGUGAUGGUUCGGGGCAGGUCAGAGCCCCAGGAGACUCGUCCCAUUCUGUCAGUCCAAAGAGCAGCUUCGGUGGACCACUUUGACAUUUUGGAGAGGGUAGAAAUGGGACAGAUGGCUUCCAUGUUCUUUAACAAAGUUGGUGUGAAUAUGUUCUAUAUCUGCAUCAUUGUGUACCUGUAUGGGGACCUGGCCAUCUAUGCUGCUGCUGUGCCCAUCUCUCUCAUGGAGGUGGCCUGUGGGAACCACUCGUGUAGCACGGGGAAUGUGAAGUACAAUGACACCGAGUCCUGCUGGGGACCUGUGCGCAGGAAGGAUGCAUACCGGGUGUUUCUGAGCAUCUUCACCUUCCUCCUAGGCCCCUUCACGUUCUUCAAUGCUCAGAAGACUAAGUACCUACAGAUCCUCACCUCCCUCAUGCGCUGGAUAGCUUUCACCAUGAUGAUCGUACUGGCCCUUAUUCGCAUUGGAAAAGGCCGCGGAGAGGGUCACCCGCCUGUGGCGCAAAUCUCGGGCGUGCCCAACCUGUUUGGCGUGUGCGUGUACUCCUUCAUGUGCCAGCACUCGCUACCCUCCCUGGUGACCCCUGUCUCAGACAAGCGGCGCCUGGGGACCCUGCUGCUGGCGGACUACGUGCUCAUCCUGGCAUUCUACGGCCUGCUGUCCUUCACCGCUAUCUUCUGCUUCGACGGCUCUCUGCUGCGGGACAUGUACACGCUCAGCUUUACGGAUGACUGCGAGGUGCUUAGCGUGGUACCGCUGCGCUACUUCCUGGGCCUCUUCCCCGUCUUCACAAUCAGCACAAACUUCCCCAUCAUAGCUGUCACACUGCGCAACAACUGGAAGACGCUGUUCCACCGCGAGGGGGGCACCUACCCCUGGGUGGUGGAUCGUGUGGUGUUCCCUCUCAUCACCCUGGUGCCCCCUGUUGUUGUGGCCUUUUGCACCCAUGACUUGGAGACUCUGGUGGGCAUCACGGGCGCCUACGCUGGCACAGGAAUCCAGUACAUCAUUCCUGCCUGCCUAGUGUUUUUUAGCCGACGUCACUUGAAGCCUGUGUUUGGCUGUGAUGUGGUCAACAAGCAUCGGUCACCGUUCCGCCACACUUUCUGGGUGUGCUUCAUCCUGCUGUGGUCUGUUUUUUGCCUCAUGUUUGUAACGGCCAACAUCGUUCUGACAGAAACCAAAAGCUGAAGGAGGGAACGUGCUUGGGUUCCGCUUUCUUGUUCCUAAAAUAUGUGCAAUUCCAAACAGAUGGCCUUAAAGAACUCAGAGAACAAGUCAGGUGGUGUGACUGACUUUUAUAUAACCAUGUAAAUUGAUUACAGCAUGAACAGAAACAAUUUAAAUUAUUGAGGCAUACCAAAAUUUCUUCAGUGUCUCUCUGGAGAGGUGGAUGAUGAUAGCGAUGGACUUGCAACCAAACAAACCAUUUUGUUUUUUGUAUGUUCUGUCUCUGAACUACACGUUACAUUCCUCUCCGUUGACCUGACAUCUUUUUUUAAAUUUGAUCUCCCUGUUUACACCAGUUAUGCACCAUGUUCUUAGAUUCGCUGCACAUUUAAUCUUAGUUUUGAGACCACUGAAGAGAUGUUUUCUUAUUCAGAUGUUCUCUGAGUAAUGAGCUCGAAUUAGAUGUGGGGAAGCUGGAAACAUCAACCUUUGGGCAGCUUCUGUGGAAGCCCUCUUGAUUCUUGUGCUGAAUCAAGCAAUGGAACAGCACAAUCUGCGGACGUAAAAUCGGUGUCGGGGCAAGCUGGCGUGGUGCUGCAGGUUUUCUGUGUUUUAUUAUGGGUGCUGUCAGUCCCACUUAUACUCAAGAAGUUGAAUAAGCCCAUACUAGUGUGAGCCAGGGAGGCACUGGUGCCGUGUGAAAUUACUCAGGUCAAGGGGAAGCUGAGUAGUUUUCAAAUGUCCAGUGAGGGCACGGUGUCCUUAGCGUAUCAUCGUGUGCUCACAUUCAUGUUGCUCAUCUCUCCACUAUCCCCUGGGAUGAUUCCUUACUACCAAAACAUGUCAUAUGUGUGCACUUGUGUCUGCAGUUUGUUGUUUAUUCCAUCUUCAUUUAGGGAUGAAGUGAUGACUACGAGUCAUUUUUAUUUAAAUGUUUUGUGUUUUUAACUCCUGCAGGGAUGGAGGAAUUCUUGUUGCUGUUAAGAUUAUCAGUUACUUAGGAGUUUGGGGAUGAAUCAUUAAUACAGCAUUGGAAAAAAACUAGUUAUUUAGAUGUGGGAUUGUUUUGUUUACUUGUAAGCACACCUUUGUUCCCUUAGCACUAGAAGUUUCUUCAUUUUAUCAUGGUAUGCAUGUCAAGUCUUGUGGCUCAUUACUGAGUGGGCCACUAAGUUACAAGAAGGGAAUAUUGUCGACCAGUGCAGUUAUGGCAUGAAACAUUGCACUUGUGCUGAGUUUGCCCUUCUUUUGCCUUUUGGUUGUUUAUUUUUCCUUGGUUGUUUUUAAGGCAGUAGCUGAGAACGUGCGUUCCUUUUUGUUUGUAAGUAAAUGGGGACAUUUGUUGGAGAAGUUUCCGUUCAGGGAGAGACUGCGCAGUCAGCACUGUCUCAGCAGGCAGCCCUGGGCCUCAUCGACUCACUGGGUGAACCUUACUGUUCAACGCGUGUCAUCUUCCACCUGAACUCUUGUAAGGGUUAGUGGUUGUGAGCCUCCUCCUGUCUGUCUCCGUGUGUCUGCAGACACCCCCGCCACAUUGUCGGUGUGCAAAAGAGUAUAUUUUGUCCUGAGAAGGGCACAGGGUGCAGCUGCAUGGUACGGAUGAUGCGUGAGGAUCUCUGGUCUCUUGGUGAACCUGUGAUCUUCACUGUUGUUUGAGCUUGGAGUUGCACGGUGCCUUUUUUGUCCAAUAUUUUUUCAGGAGCACAUCAACUGUAACCACAGUGUGUCAGCAAGAAGAGGAGAGAAAUGGAAGUUAUCCUUUCUGGAUUAAUAUUGGAAGCGUGCCUUUUUUCCUUGAUAUUUUUCCUGUCGUUUUUACUGCGGAUGUGAUUUUUUUUUUUUCUCUCUUUUCCUUCCUUCUUGAACAUUUUUGUUUUGUUUGCCUUGUCAGAUAAGAUCUGCAUGUAAACAACUUCAUUUAAAUGACAAUCAGUAUCUCCUUGAAGUAAAAUUGAGAUUCUGUGAGUGCAAGGUUGCUCUUGCUCCGACUUUGCAGUGUUUGAGUGCUCUACUUAUUUUACGUAAAUGUAAAUGGCUUUGAAUCUGUGCUUUUAGUAAUGUGUCAAUCUUUAAAAUUAUUGAUAAGCUGACACUACGCAUAAUGAAAGUGGAGUUGCCUUUUUGUAAGAAAAAAUCUCCACGAUUUAAUAUAUUUUUAUGGUUUAGGUCAAAAGGCUUUAGGUUACUUUUUACCUUAACUGCUGCUUUUCACCAUCUUUUUUUUGUCUGGAUCUACAAAUGAAAGUGAUUCAUGUGAUUGUUUCCCUUUGUCACAGCUUAUGUUUAAAACUACAACUGAGAACUUGAUAGGAGUUCCUAUUAUGUCCCCCCAGAACUUCCCAAUUCAAGGCCUUUAUAUGCGAUAUGUGAUUUCUGGACAUAUCUUAUAGGGCAAGUGUGUAUUGGGUGAGGCACUAGACAGCCCAAAAGGAAUGGAAGGUUUGCCUUUACACUGGAGCAAUGUACAGGUUCAUGGAACUAAAUAUUUAUUUCUUGCUGAUCUGAUUUGUCCUUGGUAUGCAGUGCUAAAAAUUCUCUCCUGAAGUUUGUUUCUCCCUUAGAAACAGAUUUACCAUCAUAAUAAACCCCUGUGCUGACUCUAACUUCAGUCUGCCCAACUCUCAAUCUAAUGUUCUCUUAGCCUUUUAAUGUGUGUACGUGUUGAACUGUAUAAUUGGAAAUUAAAACUCUACAAAGGAUAACUUCAUCAAAGCUCAUUUAAUUUCCACAUGAUUUAUUUAAUGUUCUGACAAAGAGACCAAUAGAUGCUAUGUGUUUGCGGUAAACUUCAUAAGGAAGACCUGCGACCUGGGGCCAUUCUCUAUUUGCACGGUGCACAUUUGUCUUUGUGUGGAGCCAAUGCAUUGAUUCUUAGCACAGUGGUUCUCCAUGUUGUGUUUUAUAAAGCUGUUCUUGUAUUUUGCCUUAAUUGAACAGAUGUUUCAAUGAAUGGCAUGAUUCGAAAGAUGAAUAAAACAAAAAAGUUAAC